AUGCUCGUUGAUGAACUGAAGACGCUACGAGAGAGCCUUAUCACUCUGGAGCUGGAGCCACUACGAGCUGCCAUCCGCGGAGAGUCAGUCCCCAACGAGUUCCCGCAUGAGUUGGUUUACAAGUGUCUGGUCGCAGGCAUUCGGUAUCAUGAUGGCUUCGCUAUUGAACUUCGUGGCAAAUCGCUACACCCAUCCUUGGAGCGAGCCUUCAACGCUAGGGACAUCAUGAGUAACCGGAUACUCAAGAUGAAGAAAGCAGAAGACAUGCCAUAUUGCUUCUGGCACCCCGAUGUUCCCAGUCAAGAUACUUUGCGACAGCUCUUGAAGGCCCAUCCUACACUUCUCAUGCGCUACAAAAUUGGCCGAGCAUGUGCUGCUGGCGGAUACGUAGAGCUUUACAAAGAGCUAGAUCUUCUUCCUGAUGUUGCCAUUGCAGAGGAAGCUCGCGAUAAUUUACCUGCCUCUCAAGGCAUUUACGAUCUGGUAGUAAAUUCACGAAAUCUCUACCGUGUCAUGAACGAUUACAAUCUUUGUCUGUUUGACGAGCCUGAGGCUGGAGCCUUUCUGAACGGUGAUACCUGUGUUCGGUCAACACUAGACAAGAGGCAGCCAGUACACCAUGAAAUCUUCCCUCCCCCCUUUGACAUCACCGAAGAUUGGUGCUUGGGGGCCGACGGGAAACGGCUGGAAGAGAGAGCCAUUCCAAGCGAGACGCUCGCUCUACUAUACGCUCCCUUGCCACGACACCUGCCAAGAGUUGAUAAAGACAUCCUCAUUCUCAUGGCUGCCUUCACAGGGAACAUCGACCGCUACAUCCGACUAAAAAGACCUCGGCCCAUCAAUGGCGAAAUGCAGUGCAUAGUGCACGGUAUUUACCACAACACCUUUUUCGCCAAGUGGUGCUUUGAACAACCAGAACUAGCCGUGCUCCAAAAGUUUGUUCAUGCGCGCUUUAUCAUGGACGAUGAUCUGACGUGGCUGAACGACGAAAGGUCUUUCACCAAAGAUGACAUGCCGCGUAUUAUAUGGUAUCCGCAAACAGCUAACCGGACAACAUAUCUCGAGCUGCUGCGGUUGAUACCCGAGCUGAAGCAGCUCGUAGCCCAGGCAUUAGUCGUUUCCGACAGCCCGAUCCAAUUUGCGCGAAUUGAGCCAGAAAUCACUCCGGAAAUAUACGCAGAGAUAAUGAGUAGCACUUGUUCUGAUGCAUUCGAAGAGUUUUUACAUCAGCGACUUUCGGAAGAGAAAGAGGAGGAACUGGCUGAAUGGAUGGAACUUCCGCACGAUGUCCACGACGUGGCUCCCUAUGAUCACUUGGUCUCGAAGGAAAUGAAACCAUGGUUCGCUAAAGCCCUCAAGGAAGUGACUUUGGAUGAUGUCGGUUUUGAGAAUAGAGAAGUGUAUGAGCCAGAGACAAGAGACGCUAGGGAUUUGAUGCGCUACAUGUCUGCGUUCCCUAAGAAGCCGAGGGAUCAUUGUAGAGAAGAGAGGGACGCGAGGAUGGCAAAUGUAGUGGGAGAGACUAGCAAGGGAUUAUAG